CUGUUCUAAAAACUUUCACUACAAGCAUUGUAGAUCAUUGACAAUCUCAUAUGCACUAUCCUCGCCAUCUCCACGUUAUUUCUGGUCUCCAUUUGUUAUGGGAACUUUUUUCUGGUUGGGUCAGCUCUUUGUAUGAAGAUGUUGAAAAUCUACUUUACUUUAUAAGAUUAUGAAGAUAUUUUUGUGAUGAGCAAGAAAAGAUGGAAGAUAUUUUGAAAUCGUGAGCUGAUACUGAUAGACAGUUUCCCUUUCAUAUCAUGAAGAACAUUUUUUACAAAAGGUAACCAUUUUCACAUUACUGCAAUGGCUUCUUCCACCUUCAGCUGGUCCAAAAUCCCUCACACACCCUGUUACCAGAAUCCCAAAUCUGCAACAAUCCAAUCUUCCUUCUCCGUUUCUCUCAUCAAUAACCAAUCCUCCUCCGAUUCUGUUUCAGAGGUCCGCAAAUCAAAGGGCAGCCCCCAAUUGAAUCGCUGGUCUAGGGCUCGCGCUUUGCGAUCGGGGCACAAAUUGGAGCGCCACAGCAAUCGAGCUGCUCAGGCCGUCGAGCUGCGAUCUCCCGAUUCGUCCACUGACAGAGCCCUACCUGAGCUUGACUCUAAAGGAAGGUAUGGCGACGAUGAUGUGGAGAAGACUGUUGGGAAGUCUAUUUACAUGGUGUCUGAUGGCACUGGAUGGACGGUGGAGCACUCCGUCACUGCCGCUUUGGGUCAAUUCACUCAUUGUUUAGUCGACCGUGUUUGCCCUGUUAGCACCCAUCUGUUCUCUGGGGUUGAUGAUGUAGAGCGAUUACGGGAGAUAGUAAAACAAGCAGCCAAAGAGGGUGCUAUGCUUGUUUAUACUUUAGCUGAUCCAUUCAUGGCUGAAUCUGCAAAACAAGCUUGCAAAUUGUGGGGCAUUCAAUCCACUGACAUAUUGGGGCCACUAACAGAAGGUGUUGCAUCUCAUCUAGGUGUCUCACCGUCCGGUCUUCCUCGCGGGGCUUUUGGCAAUAAUAUCCCACUGACUGAUGAGUACUUCCGUCGGAUAGAAGCGAUUGAGUUCACAAUCAAACAAGAUGAUGGUGCAUUGCCUCAAAACUUGAACAAAGCUGAUAUUGUUCUUGCUGGGGUAUCUCGAACAGGGAAAACGCCAUUGUCGAUUUAUCUUGCACAAAAGGGUUACAAAGUGGCCAAUGUGCCGAUCGUAAUGGGAAUCAAACUCCCGAAGAACCUGUUCGAAGCAGACCCUGAAAAGGUGUUUGGUCUGACUAUAAAUCCAAUUGUGUUGCAAACAAUCAGAAGAGCAAGAGCAAAGAGUUUGGGAUUUAGUGAAGAAAUGAGAAGUACGUAUUCAGAAAUGGAAUUUGUUAGAGAGGAGCUGGAUUAUGCUGGAAAGGUUUUUGCUCAAAACCCCACAUGGCCUGUGAUAGAGGUGACGGGGAAGGCCAUAGAAGAAACUGCUGCUGUCAUAUUGAGGCUUUACCAUGAUAGAAAACACAAGUGUUCAAUGCCAAGAAUAUCAAAGCGCUACUAGAGACUAGGGUAAAACACAGGUUUCUGAAAGUUACUAUAGUAAACUGUAAAUGAUGAUCAUAAUUCAGUUCGUAAAUAAGGGCAAACCUACACCUUGUAAAAUUACUUCUUGGUCUUAACAAAUGAAAUUGAAAGCUGCUAUAUCUGUGCUGUGGGCGCUGCACGACUAGGCUAGUCGUUUACUUGAAAAGAGCAUUUGAGAAAGUUACAGUUUUGGAUGCUAUAAUGAUCUAUUUUUACCUUAUAAAGUUCCUGUAAGGAGAAACUUGCCUUUCUUGGUGAUUUUGGUGCAGUGUUUAUCCAAUUAUCUUCAUCACUAGAGCUUUAGUUCUCUUUAUUGAAUGCAUUUCCUUCUUUCCACAAA